UCCGCUGUCUAUCGUCGUGUCACGAAAUCAGAGAAAAUAAACACUUUUCCCGAAUUUUUAACAGUAAAAUAAUAAAAAUCAUUCGCGAAAAUGGUUUCUAGGAGUUUAACUGAAGUGUUUGUGUUGAUGCGUAACAAUGCUAUACACAGCCGGCACAUAUUUGCGGACCAGCGUCCAAACACGGGACAGCACAAUGACUCGGAGAGGGUACGUCUCAUGCGGAGUAACUCCCAUGACUUGGAGUCCGGAAUGGAGAUGAGGACAGACUCCCACGCGCCUCCGCCUUGGACCGAUGCACUGGAGGAAGCACACUAUGUUAUCACUAGGUUAAGAACAAAACUAUCAGAGCUACAGUCUCGUCAUGAGAAGCAGAUUCGACGUCCGUCGCUGGACGACACGACGGAGCAACAGCACAUACAGCGCCUCACUGCGGAGAUCGGCCGACACUUCACACAUGCGCACACGCAUCUUACUGCUAUCAAGGCGCAGAUACGACACGGUAACCCAACGGAACAGAAGUUAGCGACGAAUGUAGUGUUAGCGCUGGUCACCAUACUCCAAGACCUGAGCGUCACCUUCCGUACAGCGCAGUCAACGUACCUGAAGUCCCUCACGUCUCGAGAAGAACGCUCCAACGCAUACUUUGAACUCCCAAACUUCGAAGAACUGAGCCUCGACGACAACGAACUCCUCCCAGGUUUGUCCAACAACCAAACAGACCUACUAUUCUCCCUCCCUAGCACUUCUGGCACUCAGAAGUUUGACGAUAACGAUGACUUCUCAAGACCAGCUCUCAACCAAAAACAACUAUUACUUAUGCAAGAAGAAAACACAAGAGAUGUAGCGGAGAGAGAAGAAGAAGUGAAUAAAAUAGUUCGUUCUAUAGUGGACUUGAAUGAUAUAUUCAAAGACCUAGCACAUAUGGUUCAUGAGCAAGGCACGGUGCUUGAUAGGAUAGACUAUAAUAUAGAGCAGACUCAAGUUCAGGUUCAUGAAGGGUACAAACAGCUGCAGAAGGCGGAGAGGUACCAGCGGUCCAAUAGGAAGAUGCACUGCAUCCUCAUACUAGGAGUCACCAUCAUAGUGUUAGUAAUCCUCCUCAUCAUUGUCAAGAGUUAGUUUUGGAGGUGACAGCAGAAAUUGCCUUAUUUUACGUAGUCGAUUGGCCGAAUGGCUGGACCGUGGAUUGUUUAUCGCUUCACCUUCAGAUGUAGGACGCAUGGGCGUAGCCACACUGGGGCAAGCUGAGGCACUUGCCCCACCCUGGGCCCUGGCUCUGACCCAUAAGGUGUCUGAUUAAACAAUGAUUUUUUUACUAACUCUAACUAACAACAUCAACAAUUAUACUAUCCGUAAGUAAUUGCACAAAAAAAUUGUCGACUUUGAAAAGAGCGCGAUCAAAACAAAAUGCACGCUUGAGUUCCCGAAAGUCCGACGCGUCCCAGGAACAUGAGUAACUGUCUUGGUUCCCGCAACGAAGUGAAUCAGAAUAAUAUCUUCUGAGAAUAUCUUAUAAGAGGAGAAGAAGAAAAAAACUAUAGUUUCCACUUCCCUCGGUGAAUUUCCU